CUUAAGUAUUCCAGCGGGAGAAAAAAUUUCAUCAUCAUUUAGCGUGAAAGUGCCCGGGGAUAGUGUACCCGAUUCAGACUAUUUUACUUUCUCUGUAGGUGGUCAUUAUUUAGUACCAACAGUGGAGAAUUUCGAUGAUCUAAUACAAAUGCCCACUGGUUGCGGUGAGCAAAAUAUGGUAAAUUUUGCUCCCAGUGUCUUAAUUUUGCAAUAUCUUAAAGCAAAUGGUAAAUUUUCUAAAGAGAAGACUUUGGUUGAUAGUUUACUUUCUUCUAUAGAAGUUAGCUACCAACAGCAGCUGUCAUUUCGUCAUGAUAAUGGUGGCUAUAGCGUCUUCGGUAUUUCAACCGAUGAGGAGCCUAAUACUUGGCUUACCGCCUAUGUGGUGCGUUACUUUAUAAAAGCUUCACAAUUUUUAGCAAUCGAAGAGACAAUAAUUGAAACUGCAUUGGAUUAUUUAGCCGGAGAACAAAAAUCAAAUGGAGAAUUUCCUUACACCGGCUAUUUACUAAAUCCAAAUCAUCAAAAUGAAUAUGGUCUUACAGCCUUUGUACUCUUAGCGUUUUUAGAAAGUCAAAAAUAUGCCAUUCGAUAUCAAGAAACCAUACAAAAAGGAUUAGAGUUCUUAAAUUCAAAUUUAAAUAAUACGAACAAUAUGUAUGCCCUGUCCUUAAUGGCAAUUGCUAUAAAGCAUGCCAAAGAUCAAAAUGCUAAUAUUCUUAUAAAUCAACUAAAAUCACAUGCCAAAGAAAAUAAUGGACUCAAAUGGUGGUCAGAAAAUGAUCAGAAUUUAGCUAAUGAUAUUGAAAUUACAUCAUGUGCUGCAAUAACUCUACUUGAAACCGCAGGAGAUCACACUUCUAUCUUAAAAUGGCUUAUACAACAACGUAAUGCUAAUGGAGGUUUUACCUCUUCAUACGAUACUGUAGCGGGCAUGGAGGCUUUGGUGAAAUUUUCUGAAACAUACAAAAAUCUUGAAAAUAUACAUUUGCAAAUUUCCUACAGUGCUAAAAAUGAAAAGGUAUGGAAGUGGCAGCAGAUAAAUUCUAUGUGGAUUCAAAUAAUAUUUUGGAUUUUCAAAAGCAUGAGCUACCAACAAACACACGCCAUAUUACUUUCGAAAUCCAGGGCAAUGGGGCCACUUUGGUGCAACUCAACCAUCAAUACAAUAUCGCUAAAGCUCAGGAAUUUUGCCAUUUUAAUAUACAGCCCAAGCCAAUAUUAAAAAAUGUCGAAGAAUUAAAUUUGGAGAUUUGUUUUAGUUACCAAACGUACACAGAACCACUUAACGAUGUCACCCAUAUGGUGAUAAUGGAAGCAAAUUUACCU